GCGCCCUGACGUCAGACCGACGUGCAGCGCGGUCGCCCGGGAGACCGGGGAAGCCGUUUCACACCCUGAGGAGUCCCAGGCUAGCGUGUUUUGCUGCCGUACGUCGGGGAAUCAUGGAUCGUCACAUUCCCAUGCACGCGUUACCAGAAGAAAUCCAAAAGAUGUCUCCUGAAGAAACAGUUUGUAAAUACUGUGGCGUCAGCUACCUAAUUCUUCAUGAAUUUAAGGCUAUGGAAGAAAAACUGAAAGCAGUGGAAGAAGAAAUGAAAUUUUAUCAAGGAAGUGUAGAGCGAGAAAAGAGACUUCAGGAAAAACUGCAGUCUCUUAGCCAGGAGUUUGACAAGUACAAAACUGACAGUGAAUCCAAAAACAAAAGAGUUCAAGAUGCAAGUAUGAAGUUAAAAAAGCAGCAAAAUGAAUUUCAGAGAAUACAGAAAGAAUUAGAUCAUCAACAAAAUGAGCUAAAAAUUAAACAAAAACAAUCCCAAGUGUUCAGUCAAAGAUUGUCAGAAUACAGAUACUUCUGGAAUAAGACCCUUUUGUUACUUACUUUUACUAAAAGGGAACUAACCAGUAUUAAACAUGAAGUAUGUGAUAAUUUUCAAAACUGGACUUCGCUGAAAGGGGAAGUUUUUCUGCAGAUGAAAUCUCUGAGUGACGCAGCCUUGGCAGAAAUUGAUAUGUUAAAUAAAAGUCUGACCGUUUCCCAGAGAAAUAAGGUGUGCCUGGAAGAGGAAAUGAAAGAUCUCAAACUGUUGUCGGACGCAGCCAUCUUGAGGUCUCAGGAGAUGCAGGCGUCCAAACAGCACGAAGUAAGCUUGCAAGCCAGGUGCUAUGAUCUGCAGAAGGAAGCCCUAGACUUACAGUGUCAAGUAGAGGCCCUUGGGUUGAGACUUCAGAAGACAGUGAUGGAGCUGGACAACUCUAAAGAGAUGCUCAUGAAAAAGUCUAAUGACGCUGAUAACUGUCAAAGAGAACUUAGAAAACUGAAGUUCGAGUCUGUCAUUUCUGAGUCAAGGCACAGUAGGCUACUCAAAGAGAAAGAAGACUCCUUAUUGACUUGUCAACAACUAUAUAAAACUCUACAGGAAGAGCUGACUACCAAAGAAAGGCAAGGGGAAGAUCUAAAAAGAAGGAUCAACCUUGCGGAAAAUGAGCUAGAGAUGACCAAAACUCUCCUGCAUCGGACACAGGAAGAAAUUUUAACUCUGAAAAAUGAAAGGGAAUUGAUGCUGGUUGCCCAUCAGAAGAGCAUCGAGCAGAUGCAGGAAACCCUGAGACAGAAGCUGCUGAGUGACGAGAGCUGGAGAGAGAAGAUUGAAGCUGAGCUCACCAAAGAAAGAGCCCGGCAUCUCAUUGAGUUCCAAGAGCAAGCUCUUCUCUUUAAGGAAGAAGCUAAACUGGAACUUGACAUUGAGAAAGAAAAGCACCAGGAAGUAAUUCAGAAGUAUCAGCAAGAACAAGAGGACCUGCAGAAGAAGAUAGCUGACUUAAUCGCAGGCGCUACAAAAGACCUGCGGCUCGAAGUGGCCUCUCUCCAAGAAAAGCUCCACGAAUCCCACGCACGAUAUACUGAGGAAUCCGAGUCCAAGAGGAAAGAGAUCGAAGACCUGAAGUGCCUGGUUGCAGAAUUCGAGUGUCGCUUGAAGCAGGAAGCCAGCCGCGAUGACUCAGUUUCAGAAGACUUGAAGAAGGAAAUGAAACAGAAGUCAGAGGAGCUGGAAAGAGUAAUGCUGGCCCAAACGCAGCUGCUGCAGCAGUUCAGCCAGUCGCAGGAAGAGAACACUUUUCUCCAGGAAACGGUGCGGAGAGAGUGUGAAGAACGCUUUGAACUGACAGAGGCUUUGAGUCAAGCCAGAGAACAGCUCCUGGAGCUCGGGAGGAGUGGAGGAAGCUUACGGUGUUCCCUCAACAAGGGCACCCUAACCUACCCUGCCACCGCAGUCAGCAAUCACCGCCAACAAAGCAGUGCGAGGCAGAACUGUGGACGAGGCACCAACCCGCCCAGCCUGCACGGACUGCCAAACCCCACAGCUUCCCCAAGCCCAGAUAAGCUCAAGAAGGUCAGCAGCUCUGGACUGCCUGCCCUUCCCCAGUCACAUCCUCCCAGGGGCAGAGCAUCUUUGGUGAAUGAGACCCGGCGGAGAUUGUCCGCCAUCCUUAGCCGGAGGCUGAGUCAGCAGUGAUGACCGGAGCCAGGAGCAGUUCUGUCCACGGUGUACACACCCUUUCAUAGCCUGCCAGAGGCUCGCUGUUAGUAACCGGGUGCCCGGAAACGUAACGUGUCUGUAGAUAUAUUUAACAAGGGCUGUAAAAAGCUAGGAACUUUCAAAAGGCUUUGGAAAUGGCAACAGACAAUGAAGUCGGUAUUCCAGAGGGCUGAUUUCCAUGCUCAUGAAUGUAUUGUACGCUCUGCGACCCUGGGCUUUUAGGCUUCUCACCCUAGUGGGUUUUUCUUUCCCCCUCAGUCAUUUCCUGUCUUCCAUCCUCCCCCUCCCUUCCUGCUUUCUUUCCUUAGCAAGCAGAUCAUCUCCACAAAGAAGAGUAGAUUAUAUUGGUUUUACUGGCAUUUGUUCAUUUGGUUAUUAAACUGCACAGAUGUAAUAAGUAUUUCAAAUAGAAAAGGAAGUCCUUAAUUUCCAAAGUACUUCCUUCAAAUCCUCGCAGAGCUAACAUCACCCAAUGUUCCUCUCCCUCAAUCUACCUGGGUAUGGAUGGCUUUGUAGGCUGGGUCCAGAAGUCGUGAUUGACAGCCUGCAGGAGACCACCCACCAUGAGGCAGGGGGCCUGCUACAGAAGGAUGGCGACUCCCAUUCAGGGAAAAGUGGUUUGGUCAGAUUCUGACUAUUGUUUCAGAAAGCAGACGGCAUGAAAGUGUUUCUUGAUGGCUGUUUUCUGCAUUGGAGGAUUCUGGCACAUAGCUGAGUUCUAUUGAACUUAGAUUCUCCAGUCACUGGGAA